AUGUUCAAAUUACCUACUCGUUGGCUUUCUGUCGGAAGACCGUUACUAUCUCAAGCAAUCUCCUCAAAGAGUACCAGUCUUGGUCCAAAGCUCGCUGCCAAACAAUUUAUAGAGCCUGGAACCCCUCAAAAGAAGGAAAAGAAAUUGAGAAGGAGAGAGAAAAGAUUGAAGAAGCAAAUCAUACGAGAUGUCAACACUUUAAAGCAAUAUGAUGCCAAAAAUGUACCCUUUCAGGUAGACCCUGUUUUGGGUGAUCCUAAAUGCCAGUUUUUCACUCGAAUUAUGCAAAAAGUUGAAGACCAAGACUCGAAUUUGGCGUACAAUGUUGAUAGGGCAGAAAUGGAAAAGCUUUUGUACGCAGCCGAAAAGUUGUCUCUCGAAAAUGUAUCGAAUAACGAGGAAAUACGCCGAGAGAUACAACAGGUUGAAGAAAACAAGAGGAAAUCAGUGUUGACAAUUUUGAACUUGAGAAAUACCAAUAAUAACGAUAAAAAGAAGUUGGCAAUUAAGUACGCACGUGAAGAAUUACAGCGGGAACCGGGCGACACCGCAUCGCCAGAAGUUCAAGCCGCAAUAAUGACAGUUAAGAUUCAUUUCGGAAUGAGGCACGUCAAGGAGAAUAAAAACGACCAUGCCACUACAACAGCAGUUCGUGAAUUGGUCCAAUACAGACAAAAAAUCUUGCGGUAUUUGAAAAGACAAGAUCCCAAAAAGUACUACUAUGCGAUUGCCAAGUUGGGUUUGACUGAUGAUGUUAUUACUGCCGAGUUCAACAUGGGACGAAAAUAUUUGCAAGAGUACAAGGUAUGGGGUGACAAGAUUUUGAUUAAGGAAACACAAAGCACGAAGAGAAGGAAUUUGAAAAUCAAGAACCUUAGAGAUAGAGUUAGUGAAUAUCACGAUUUGGCAAAGAAAAACUACGAAAUCAUGCAAAAGGAAAAUCUCCUCUAA